UUUUCAAAGCUAAAAUAAUAUGAUAAUUUUCACAAUGAAAGUGCACGACGAUCGCCCAAACGCUAUUUGAAUAUAACUUAUUAUCUAGGACACGGAUUGAGUGCACCCCGGGUAUUUCCGUAAUUCACAAAAUAAGAACACAUUGACAAACGCAACACAAAUGUAAAGAGCCGAAAAGUUGCGAUUGCAUAAAAAACAUAAGAAAAUACACGAAUUUUAUCAUUUGCUAAAUAGCCGAGGUAAUCGGAAUUUCUUGUUAACAAUAAGGUUGUCGUGUUUUAAUUUCCUGGUUUAAAAAGCGAAUAUUAAAAAGAUGGAUUACUUUUAUCAAUAUACGGCUCAACAACAAGUUCAGGUGCAGAAAAAAGCAUUCGAUAAUUUUUUGCAACAACAAGAGUUGGAAGAAGAUAUUUCGGACGACUCCGAGACUGACUCUUCGGACUACGAGUAUAUGUCGUUUCUCGAUGAUAUACCGACUACAAAAAAGAAACCCAAGACGCCAAAAAAGAAGACACCAGGCGCAAAAGCAAAACCAAAAAAGAAAGAGGGCGUGACAGGUACAAAAAGAAAGGCGGUAACAGCGGGACCAUCCACCAGUAAGAAAAAGAAGGCGUAUGAAGGCUCUCAAACGGGUCAGGAUGGUGAGAUCAUGUUUGAGCUUUCGAUGAUGAAGUAUUUGACAGUAAAUAAAAGGGAACGAAAGGUUGGUAUCCGAGAAUAUUACCAUGACAAUGGGAAGUUACUGCCAAGUAAAGAAGGAAUAUCUUUAACUUUGGACCAAUACAAAAGGCUGAAGAGUCAGCUAGCAAAGGUUGAUAAAGUGUUGAAGGACCUCUCGUAAUUUUAGAGUCGAAGUUGCAUUCUAUUUUUUUUAUAUCUUAACGUUGAAAAAACGUUGAUUUUUUUUUAUCUUUUUCAAUUUUAUGUUCUGCUUUGUACAAGGCGUUUUAUAUUUUUAACUUGUCUGACCUGUAAAACUCUUAUCAUUGAAACCAAUUUUCGAUAUUCAUAUAUCAUAUACACACGGGAUUGUCUUGAAAAAGGCUUAGCAUUCUCACACGGAUCCAAUGCUCGCGAUAUUGAACUUCCGGAACACGCCCCAGCAAUCAACAAAUUACAGUCCAGCUCAGCAACUCAUGAACAGGAAAACUAGAACAUUGCUUCCGGAAAGAUCUUUGAAUCUUAAACCGAGUAUACCAUUUAAAUAUUUAAGAGAAUCUUGACAGAGGUAAGCAAAGGCAAAAGCGUUAUUAAUGCGAAGUCGUUAGGUCGUUUAUGAACCUGGGAAACGGUGAAAAUACAACCCCAGGAACGAAACAAAACCUGGGAAAAGGGCAUUGUUGUUAGAAAGCCACGUUCAUAUCAUAUAAGAAAGGAGGAUGGUACGGUAAUAAAUCGAAAUCGACGUCAGCUUCGCAAAACUAACGAACACUUCAAUGAGAAGAAAAGGGAAGAAACUGUUACCUACGAAUGCUAGCAGUACUUAAUCAGUUACCUCUCGUUGAACCUCCUGUUAAAUCAACUGGACAAUCCGAAAUUAAAACCAGAUCAGGUCGAGUUAUUCGUAUGCCAGUGAAAUACAAGGACUAUGUUACAUAAUAUACAAACUGUAGAAAUUGUAAGACUGUGUAUAAAUGUAUCUUAUUAACAGUAACAGCUUAUUUUUCUGACAGUUGUGAUUUUGAGAUCAUGGUUUGUUUAUUUUUGUAAAGUAUUUCUUAGUCAUCAUUUUUUUAAUGAUUUAAUAUUCUAAAUUGAAUAAGAUUGGAAAUAUCUUCUUAUUUUUGUAAAAAAGAAAAGAUGUAACCGUAUUUGAUUUACAUACUAAGUUCAGACCUUCCCAUGAUGCUUGAGUUAAACAUGUCUGACCUGAAAACCCAUAUAGCAUUGUCUUGGAAAUCUUAAAAAGUAAAGGAAAAAGAUUGGACAACGAUUUUUAAAAACAAUAAUGUUGAAAAAAUAUAUUGUUGAAGAUAAAAUAUAGAAUUGUGCAUAAUGAUAAAUGAUAUUGUUUAACAUUUGAACACAAUGAAAAUUAUAUAUGAUAAGGGACUCAACGUUUAGGAACUUGUUUUAGUCAUGCAAUGCUACGUUAAUUUGGUAAUACAUAUGUACAAAAAAAUUAAUGCAACUACCAAAUUUGCGAGGGACAUAAAUGAUGUUGUUCAUUUUUGUGUCGUCUCUAUGGAGUAGUGCGACAUAUAGGGAUCUCUGCUCCGUCGUAUGUUUGUCUGUCCGUCCGUCACAAAACUUGUCCGGACUACUCCUCAUAAACUACUGGUGCAAUUUCUUCCAAAUUUUACAGGACUUAUCAGAACCUAGUCUAGUUGUGCAUGUCGUCAGCAUUUUCUGAUUCAAUGAUUAUUUUCACUUUUGUGGCCCUUUAAUAAUUUUUAUUUUUACAGUUUGUCUUAAACCACCGAUGCAAUUUCAUUGAAACUUAACAGGAUUGAUCUGUAGCUCAAGUCUUUGCGCAUAUUGCAUGUGUUUUCCGAUUGAAUUAUUUUUUGGCCAAAUUAUGGCCCUUAAAUAAAGAAAAUAAUUUUGUAUGUUGCCAGAUACACAAAAGUUUGUCCGGAAUACUUCUAAAAAACUACUUAUGCAAUUUCAUCCAAACUUUACAGGAAUGAGCAGUACCAAGUCUAGUUGUGCAUAUUAUCAGCUUUUAUGGUUCAGUGAAUUUUGUCCGAUUUAUGGCCCUUUAAUUAUUUUUAUUUUUUAAAGUUUGUCCGGACUACUCCUCUUAUACCACUAACACAAUUUCAAUAAAACUUUACAGGAUUGAUUUGUACGUCAACAACUUGCUCACAUUGCACGGGUUUUUUGCUUGAAUGAUUUUUGGCUCAGUUUGGCCCUUGAAUGAAAAGCGUGUUAUUAAAGUUUUUCCGGACUACUCCUCUUAUGCAACUGAUGAAAUUUCAAUGAAACUUUACAGUUUUCAGGAUUGAUUGGUAGGUCAAUUACUUGUGUACAAUACACCAGUUGUUUUGCUUGAAUUAAAUGAUUUUAGCUGAGUUAUUGCCCUUGAAAAAAAUGUGUUUUUUGUGUGUUGCCAGCUACACAGAGGUUUGUGUGGACUACUUCUCAGAAACGACUGGUGCAAUUUUAUCGACACUUUGAAUGAUCAAUGGGGAAUGAUCAAUACCAUGUCUUGUUGUGCAUCUCAUCAACAUUUUUAGGUUCAUUGAUUUUUGUUUUGGCAAAACACAGGUUUUUACGUUGAAUGAUUUUUUGCCGAUGUAUGGCUAUCAUGAGGUGACACAUGUCACCACUGAUGACCCUUGUAUUGCAAUAUCCCCUUAUGCAAAACUUUAUUGAAAUAUUAUAUUUCAUUUAUCCAAUUAUUCUACAUACAUGUUUUUCUAAUUGACCAAUCGCCAGGUUUUUGAACCUCACAUGACCGUUAAAAUUAUAAAGCAGUAGUAUUGUAUGCACAAGAGCACAAGAAUUGUGUUAAGCGGCACCUGAGUGUUAAGGUUCAGAAUAAACCAGACUCGAAGAGAAGUUCUUAACAUUUUAUUCAAUUUUUUCUUUGUAAUUUUAGAACAAAAACAAAAUAGAAAAACUCAAGUCAAGUCAAAUAUGUUAUUGGUAGAAACAAAUUCGUUACGGUAACAAACAAGGAAGAAAUCGUCAAUGUACCCACGGAUACCCACGAUUCAUUAACAUGUAACAUAACAGAAAUGUUAAUGGUUCGGGCGUGGGUAUCCGACGAUGAUAAGGACAAGAUGAAUUAAAUUAUUAUACAUGUAUAUGGUUUAUCCAUUGUUUAUAUUUCCGUCUUGUACAGUUUAUUUGAAAUAACCUAUAAUUAUGUAUCAUAUAUGAUUAUUGCAUUGUUGUAAAGUAACUAUAACUUUGGGGAGCGGUGGCCUAGUGGUUAAGGUGUCUGCCUCUCAACCCAGAGAUCAUGGGUUCGAGCCCUGCUCGGGUCACGACCAUGUUUCUUCAUAUGACACCAGUACUGGUUGGUUCCAGGAAGCGGACUCGAAAGUGAUUAAUAUAAGUUGCAAGAACUUGUUUCGCAAUCGAGCUUAAAUAAUUAUGUUUAAACCAACUAUAACUUUAUAUGAUUAACAUAAACGUUCGAAUCAAUGUUUUAAAUCAUAGUAAAUAAUAAUAAAAUUAAAAUCGCGAUUCAUGUUCUUACUAGAAUGUUUAUUUUCAUUAAAAAAUAAACUAAAAAGUUUUCAUGAAAUCGGAAUUUUUAUUUUACUUUAAAUUUAUUGUAUUGCAUGCAUAAAUAAGUACAUUUAAUGGAAUUUUGAAUGAUGUUUUAUAUGCAAAUCAAAUGCAUUAAAAUUUCUGCUCUUUGA